CGACCAAACACAGUGUUGAUUCCCAAAUCCCCAUUAGUUUUCAAAAUAAAGACUUUGCGUGGCACCCACAAGAAGGCCACACAGUCACCACCACCACCACCCAUUUCUCCCGGUGCGCGACUCACUUUAUUUUUAUUCAUCCUUCCUUCCUACCAGAUCCGAUCCCCGAUGGCGGCGGCGUCGCGGCGGCUCCGGGACCUGCAGUCCUCGGCGGGGAACAAGAUCUGUGUGGACUGCUCCCAGAAGAACCCUCAGUGGGCCUCCGUCUCCUACGGCGUCUUCAUGUGCCUUGAGUGCUCCGGCAAGCACCGCGGCCUCGGCGUCCACAUCUCCUUCGUCCGAUCCGUCACCAUGGACUCCUGGUCCGACAUCCAGAUCAAAAAAAUGGAAGCCGGCGGCAACGACAAACUCAACGCCUUCCUCGCACAGUACUCCAUCCCCAAAGAAACUGACAUCGUCACGAAAUAUAACACCAACGCCGCUUCUGUGUACCGCAACCGGAUCCAGGCCAUCGCCGAGGGACGUCCCUGGCGCGAUCCGCCGGUGGUGAAGGAAAACCUCUCCGCCGGAAAGGGGAAACCGCCGCUGACACAAACGCGGAGGAACAACGAUUCUGGAUGGGAUGAUUGGGGUAACGAGGGGAGUCCUCGAAGCAAGAGCAUGUCGACCGGGGAUUUUAGGACUCUGAAUGGAGCCGGCGGAGCGCCGGCGAGGUCCAGGUCCACGGAGGAUAUCUACACGCGGUCGCAGCUGGAGGCGUCAGCCGCGAACAAGGAGGGAUUCUUCGCGCGGAAAAUGGCGGAGAACGAGUCGCGGCCGGAGGGGCUGCCGCCCUCGCUGGGAGGGAAGUAUGUAGGGUUUGGAUCCAGCCCGACGCCGCCGCCACAGCGGCGGAAUGAUGCCCAAAACGAUUACUUCUCUGUCGUUUCGCAGGGGAUUGGGAAGUUGUCUUUUGUUGCUGCCUCUGCGGCUAAUGUUGUUCAGGUUGGCACGAAGGAGUUCACUUCCAAGGUCAAGGAAGGUGGUUACGAUCAUAAGGUGAAUGAAACUGUCAAUGUUGUCACUCAGAAGACAUCAGAGAUUGGACAGAGGACUUGGGGCAUAAUGAAAGGAGUCAUGGCUAUGGCUUCCCAGAAGAUUGAGGAGUACACUAAGGAUGAUCCAAACUGGAAGAAUGAUAACUGGCAACGAAAUGAGAAUGAUACAAAUGGUUAUUAUCAGGAUUUUAAUCAAGAGAAAAAAGGAUGGAAUUCUUCUACUGGAAGAGAACAAUCUUCAUCAGGGGAAUAUAAAACUCAAAGCUCAAGCUCUUGGGAUGAUUGGGACCACAAAGAUAGCAGGAAGGAAGAACCAGCUAAAGGAUCAACUCAUUCAUCAGGUGGGCAGUUUAGUACCUACAACUCAAGCUCUUGGGAUGAUUGGGAACACAAAGAUUCUAGGAAGGAAGAACCUGCUAAAGGAUCAGCUCCCCAUAAUAAUGAUGAUUGGGCUGGCUGGGAUAAUGCCAAAGAUGAUGGAUUCGAUAAUAUUUAUGAAGGUGCAUCUAAUAAGAAAGGUGUUGGUCAUAAGGGGAAAUCUGAUGGCACUUGGACAGAGGAAGGCUUUCUCUAAGAUUUCAAGGUCAUAAUUUGAAACAAAUUAUUACUUGUUAUACUUCUUGGACCCCAGGGGUGAUUGGACUUCAAUACCAGUUUCGUGAUUUGUUCCUCAAGUGACAAAAAAAUACUGUAGUUUACGCACUGAUGGCAUGCAGGCCAAGCAGGGGCGCCACCAACCAAACAUGAUACUCGAUUUUCAGCUAUAACUUUUAAUCCCAUUGUUCCUUUUUAAACCCAGACCCAUUCUUCUCCUUUCCAUCGUUUCUUCAAUAUUCCCUUCUCUUUUGUAAUUUUUGGGAAUGUUCGUUGGAGAGAUAGUAUCCAAAAAUGGGCUAAUCUCCCAAAUAUCAAUUCUUAAGAGCAUUAUUGCCUGCGUAUUGCGAUGAAACAUUAAUGGCAGGGAAAUUUCAGAAAUGUAGCCUCUUAAUUUGACUGCUUAUAAUUUUAUGAGUGCCCUUCCCUCGCCUGUUUCUCAUAAUUUAACGUUGUUAUUUGUCAGAGAAUUUUAAUGAAUGGCGUCAAUUUCCAUGA